GCAUAGUGGAACCACUCAAAAUAACACGAUGCAUCCGAGUUCGCCAGGUCGUUGUAGACCGCCAUGUUCUCGCUCCCACUCGCCCUGGCGCUGGCCGGUGACGUCGUGAACGGCCAGGCGACGUGCUCGAAUUAUGGGGUAGCGAACGGCUCCAGCUGUGCGUGCCCACCGGGUUUCGGAGGAUCGAACUGCUCUCAGGCGGCGUGCGAGGGCAACAUAUUCCAAGGCUCCCAGCGGCAACUGGUGCCUUUGACUGGUACGCCGCCUUCCAGCAAUGUAACUGGGUGUUCGUGCGAGAGCGGGUGGACUGGUACUGGCUGCAACGUCUGUCAAAACUCUGGUGUCUGUCAGAACGCAUACUCUGCUUCCGGACAUGCUCAGUCUAGCGUUUCGAGCGGGCUUGACGGGUCUAGUGAUGGUCAGAACUCCACCUUGACUUGCAAUACUUCUCCAAGGGUCUGGGCGGCAGGGGAGAUGAGCUGCCAGGUUAACAACCCCACUGUGCAAGCGUUAUACCCCGGCGACACAACCCUAAACAUCCUGCGCACUCUACAGAGCUCGCUCACGCCAGUGCCUAAUGUGACAGCAUUCGGAAACGACAACAGUGUCUACGCCCAGUUAUUCUAUAACGGCGUCGAGCAAUUCUACUGUAGAUCGGACUCCUGCACUCAGGAUACUUCAUCGGGAGGGUCAGACUGGAGCUGCAGCAAUCUCGCGUGCCAUUGCAUCCCCGGAACUACCUUCUGUGGCGGCGUCCCCAUCUCGAACUUGACGGGCACCAUCGACGGCCUCAGCGGGUCACUAGGCAUAUCAUGCGGAGCAGUGGAUCCGAAUAAUAACACCGCAUCCUGCUCUUUCCAGCAGUCCGUCAUCAACUCACUGUUUGGGUCGGGCGGACUGACGCUGAGCGGCUGCUCGUUCGGUGAAUGCGUCGCACAGAGCGUCAUCGACUCUAGCUCAGGGAACUCUACCAGCUCGAACGGUGCCAGCAAGAGUAAGGAGCUCAGCGGUGGUGUCAUUGCUGGUCUAGCAGUCGUUGGCGCUCUCCUCCUACUCGCUCUGAUACUCCUCCUACUCGGAUGGUUACUGCAAAGGCGUGCGAGAAAAUCUGGUGCUGGCAUAGAUGGGCUAGGGAAGAGCGGCGGUGUUUCGGUAGUGUGGACAGACGUGAAUUACGUAGUACUAAGGUCGGGCUCAGAAUGGGGUGCGUUCUUUGGGAGGAGGAGGAAAAGGGAGGAUGGAUUUAAUGAUGACAAGGUCGUCCUGGACGGUGUGAGCGGGCGGGUUGAGCCGGGGCAGAUGAUGGCGAUCCUCGGUCCUAGCGGCGCCGGCAAGACAACGCUCGUCGAGAUCCUCGCAGGAAAGAACAAAGUGGGGCAUAUGACCGGGUCCGUCACCUUCCCUCCCUCGAGAAGCCGACCCCAUAUUGGCUUCGUGCCUCAACAAGACAUCCUUCCUCCUACCCUCACAGUUUUCGAGGCCCUGCUCUUCGCCGCACGCCUUCGAUUACCAGAGAGCGUCCCCGAGUCAUGUAAAAUGGAGAGAGUGGAGGAGGUGAUGAACAAGCUGGGUAUAGCCCCGUUAAGGAAUGUAAGGAUCGGUGAUGGUGAGAGGAGAGGCAUUAGUGGUGGUGAGAUGCGUAGAGUUAGUAUCGGUUUGGAGUUGGUGGCCAAGCCGGACGUGCUGAUAUUGGAUGAGCCAACAUCAGGACUCGACUCCGUGUCUGCGUCGAAAGUGGCGGCAGUCUUACAUUCGGUGGCACACGACCCAGAGAAUCCUACCGCUGUCAUUGCUUCUAUCCACCAGCCAAGCUCCCAAUUAUACCGGACCUUCGAUCAAAUCCUAGUCCUAUCGCACGGUCGCGCCCUCUACUCCGGUCCAGGCUCAUUCGCACCCGUUGACCAUUUCGCCUCGCAGCCCUCAGCACCAGGCUACCCUCAGGGCUACAACGUCGCGGACUACCUCUUGGAGAUCGCCAGCGACCCGCCCCUAAACCUAUUCAAGACUUCCACGAGCACCGUCGGGACCCCAGACAGGGAGAAAGAGAAGGACGCGUUAGAUGUAGAAGCGAAUGAAAAGACUUAUCGGCGUGGUGGAAGGACAAACUUGCCGGGCCCUGGCUCGCGGUAUGCUGCUACGUUCCUCACACAGUUGGAAGUGCUGUCUGGUAGGGAGUGGAAGAUACUGAAAAGGGACAAGAGCCUGUUCAUCACGCACGUUGCGGUAGCGUCAGUUCUCGGUGUCUUUUGUGGUGGACUGUAUUAUCAGACAGGCACAAGCAUCGCUGGUUUCCAGUCUCGCGUAGGAUGUCUCUUCUUUCUGGGCGCUCUUAUCGCUUUCUCCUCUCUAAGCGCCUUGUACAACGUGGUACAAAUCCGGCCUCUUUUCUUACGAGAGCGGUCGAGCAGCUACUAUAGUCCGACGGCGUGGCUGCUCUCCCGAUUUCUCUUCGAUGUCGUUCCGUUGCGGCUCGUACCAACUAUCAUCGUCUCGUCUGUGACGUAUUGGAUGGCGGGACUGGCCCCGCAUCCGGCUAACUUUUUCAAGUUCUUGUUUAUCCUCGUGUUGUACUCUUUAGCCAUGACUCUCUGGAACUUCUUCCUGGCCGCGUCCUUCCGAAAUGGAGGCAUCGCCAUCCUCCUGUCUGCGCUGUCCGCGCUGUACCAGAUGACCUUCGCAGGCUUCUUCGUCCAUCUAAACAGCAUCCCACCCGUCCUGCGCUGGCUGCAGUGGCUCUGCCCGCUCAAGUACAGCCUCGAAGCGCUAUCUGUCAACGAAGUCGGCAGUGGGCUCAUGAUCCAGGACAGCUUGCAGGGUGUGCCGGUGAACGUCAGCGCGAGUCUCAUCAUGCAACUUUUGUUCGGGUUUGGUGUGAACAACUAUUAUCGCGACGUCCUGGUUUUGUUCGCGUUCAUUGUGGGUUUCGCUGUGGCUGUGAUUGCGGUUGUAUGGUUCACUGUGCGCGAGAGGCGGUGAUGGUCGCUCUUCGCUGCGUACUGCGGAUCUACUGGCCGAAGUCGUGCGUCUGACUGUCUUGCUCAUUAGUGAGUGCUUCGGAUUGUAUUUCUUAGAUGUAUCUUUACCGCAGGUUGUAUGUUCAAAUCUAUCGCUGUAGCUUCCAGGGAGGGAAUUCCAGGAGUUCAGA